AUGCAUUGGACGAUUUUUAUACGCUUUAAUUAAUUAGAUAAAGAGAUAGACUUGUUAGGGGAAAGAAAAAAAAAAGAAAAGAAAAGGGACCUUGGCAGUUGGUUCCUUGCACUGAACCUCUCCCUCUUUCCCCCCUCUCUGUGUUCGGGGCAAUGGAUCGGGUCCAGCUUCUAUUGCUAGGCUUACCGCUCUUCCUCUUGUUCACUGACCUCAUCAACCUCUUUACCCCACCGCCUCCGAAGCCUUCUCCUCAUCACCAUCGCCAUCGCCAUCGCCACCGCCACCACGAACACCAUCAGCCUACGCCACCACCGGUUGCCCAUGAAACCCUAGGGAUUCCGGCUCAGCAACAAGUUGUUGGAGGCAUUGGUCUCGGCAAUACGAUCACGAUUGACUUUUGCUCUUCUUGUUCUUACAAGGGAACUGCUGUGACAAUGAAAAAGAUGUUGGAAACCCAAUUUCCUGGAAUUGACGUUUUGUUGGCAAAUUAUCCCCCAUCCCUACCCAAGCGCCUGUUGGCCAAGUUGGUCCCUGUCGUUCAGAUAGGAGUUAUUGGAAUCGUGAUGGCUGGUGAGCAGAUUUUUCCAGUGCUGGGCAUCAUGACACCACCUCCUUGGUACUAUUCUUUACGUGCUAAUAAAUUUGGGACAAUGGCAUCUACUUGGCUACUUGGCAACGCACUGCAGUCCUUCCUCCAAAGCUCUGGAGCUUUUGAAGUUUACUGCAACGAUGAAUUGGUUUUCUCUAAACUGAAGGAGGGGAGAUUUCCUGGAGAGAUUGAAUUAAAAGACCUUGUUGGCAAAAGGUUGGUUAAUUCUAGAGUUGCAGAUAUGUGGACGUAGUGUACUGCCCAAGUAUCCCGAGUCUUGAGACUGUCGUUAUGACAGUUGCAAUUUAGGUUGCCUAACACUGGGUAGAAUUGCUGGAGCAUGGUUGCUUUCGGUGCAUGUAAAUUUGAACUUACAUGUGUUUGUCACCUAUAUGAACAUUUUUGAGAACUUGACUGUGGGUUUCAGCUUCAAUGCCUAUAUUACAUGCAUGGCAUUGGGAAUUUGAGAAUUAUUGGCUGCUUUUUGAUGGGAAA